UGUUAUAUUUGUUCACUGAAUCAGUAUUACACCGUAUAAACGUUUAAUAUACUCGUAAUAUCAUGUUUUUUAUUUCAGUCGAUCCAGUUUUUUAGACGAAAAAUAUACUGCAAAAUGCAGUUACUCUGCUUGUUGAUAUUUAUAGGAGUUGCGCAAUGUGAUGAUUCGACUGUAUUGCCAACUUCUUUUGAUAAUUUGGGUGUACCAAAUGCUGUCGAAUAUGUAUCGUAUUAUCAAUUAUCAGUUCAAACAUCAUAUAUAACUUCGGUUGAAUGUAUGUUAUCAUCAAAUAAUUAUAUACAAAGUGGAUUUACUGAAAUUGAUAGUAGCUCAAAUGAUAUUGCAACAAAUUUAAUAACGACAUUUAAAAAUGACUUUGGAAGUUUAGAAAAUAUGAUAUUUGGCUUACAGAGUGAUGUCGAUAAAGAAUCUCAAGACAAGCUUAAUUCUGUAUUGUACAUGACAACCACCUAUUACCAAACUAAACAGGUAACUGUUCAAAAAACAGAAACAACUCUCGGCCAAGUAACAGAAAUACAACAAGCGCAAUCAAUUUUAACUGCAAGACGUUGUGAAUCCGAAUACAUUAAAUUUAUGGAUGACAUUACAACGAUAAAAUCAAAUUAUAGUAGUGGACAGACUAGUGCAGAUAAUAUUAAUAAUAAUCAAUGGGCUACUCUGGUGAAACAGUAUUACGACGCAAGACAAACUGUAGUUAGUAACACGAAUGUGUACACAUCAAUUAGAGAUGCGUUUUUGUUUGGUAGUGGAAUCAAUUUGUGUGAAGGAUCUCAAAAUACUGAUCAAUCAUUACUGGAUAUAUACAAAACUGAUGAUUUAUCAACGUACUUUGGAAAAAAUGAUAAUAAUGCAUCCACAUUAUUUAGUCAGACGGUCACACAAAUGUAUAAAAUUUAUAAGAGCUCAUUGACUGUUAUUUAUUUAAAAUCUGUAGUUCAUUCAGAAAGUGAUUUAGCAAUGCGAGUUACGAUAUGGCAACAAGUGAAUUUAGUUCGAGCGAACUUUGAAUAUAUGAGUCAAAAUAUAGACAUGUUUAUAACAACAACAAAAACAGACGCUGAAUCUACUUAUGGUGCUGAUUCUGAUGAAUAUAAAAAAAUAAUGAUAACCUUAUAUACUUGUGUGAAUAAAAUGCUUAUAACGGUUGUUAAAUCUACUGAAGUGCAUUAUCGGCGAGCGUUGAACUUUAAUCCCGAUGGAAGUAUGAUUAAAACUGAUUACAAUCAAUUUAAAAUUGAUACAAUUGAUACAUAUUAUAAAAAUAUUCUUUGGAGUAAUCCUAAUGCAGCUCGUUAUGAUAUGCGUCUAAUUAAUGAAAAAGACUGUUCAUUACCAACACCAGAUAUGUGUAUACCACAGAAUAUGUACUCGUUACAAAUAAAUAAAUUAAUUUUUCAAACUUUUAUAUGUCAAAUAAAUAAUAUAAAUGCACAAAUAAAAACAACGGAGUAUGAUAAAUCAACUGUGGAUUAUUGGAUAUAUGAUAAAAUUACAAUAAUAGAAUUAAAAAACUCAAUCGUAUUUUCAAAGUGUUCAGUGACUGUAAACAAAAUUUUUAUUAUAAAUAGUGCCACUUAUACAUAUAUUGUAAUGACCACGGACCAAACGGACCAAAGUACUCAGACUACUGAAGUUCAAAAAGUUCUAGAUCAAACUAAAAAUGAUGUAGUUGGAACACUAUGUAUACAUACAAAGGAGUUAACUGAAACGUAUAAAACUGUUGAGGUUUUUAUGUAUACGAAUAGUAAUAAUAAAAACGCCCCAUCAAUAGUAUUUAAACCUAAAACUCCCACUUCAUCACCGCAAGGUACCUCACCGACUUAUCCAAAUAGUAGCCCUUCUCCACAACCGGGAAGCCCAGGAGGUCCAGGAGGUCCAGGAGGUCCAGGAAGUACCCCAACUAGUACUCCUUCUUCACAACCGGGAUCACCAGGAACUCCAAAAGGCUCACCGACUUAUCCAAAUAGUAGUCCUUCUCCACAACCGGGAAGCCCAGGAGGUCCAGGAGGUUCAGGAGGUCCAGGAGGUCCAGGAAGUACCCCAACUAGUACUCCUUCUUCACAACCGGGAUCACCAGGAACUCCAAAUGGCUCACCGACUUACCCAAAUAGUAGUCCUUCUCCACAACCGGGAAGCCCAGGAGGUCCAGGAGGUCCAGGAGGUCCAGGAGGUCCAGGAGGUCCAGGAAGUACCCCAACUAGUACUCCUUCUUCACAACCGGGAUCACCAGGAACUCCAAAAGGCUCACCGACUUAUCCAAAUAGUAGUCCUUCUCCACAACCGGGAAGCCCAGGAGGUCCAGGAGGUCCAGGAGGUCCAGGAAGUACCCCAACUAGUACUCCUUCUUCACAACCGGGAUCACCAGGAACUCCAAAUGGCUCACCGACUUACCCAAAUAGUAGUCCUUCUCCACAACCGGGAAGCCCAGGAGGUCCAGGAGGUCCAGGAGGUCCAGGAGGUCCAGGAAGUACCCCAACUAGUACUCCUUCUUCACAACCGGGAUCACCAGGAACUCCAAAAGGCUCACCGACUUACCCAAAUAGUAGUCCUUCUCCACAACCGGGAACCCCAGGAGGUCCAGGAGGUCCAGGAAGUACUGGAAGUCCAACAUACAUAGGAGAUAAUUCUAAUAUAGGAAUUUCUACCGACAUCCAAUAUACGUUUAUAACAUCUGGUACACAAAUAACACAAUCUGUACAGAAUUACCAAAGUUCUAUUGAAGAAAAAAUAACGAUAAGUUUAAAAAAUGUUCAGGAAUCAGAACAAACUGAUUACACGAAAGUAGUAAUAAAAUCAUUGGAAAUUAGUCAACAAAUAUAUCAGUGCAAUAUAGAUUAUCUUAAUAGUGUAGUUUCAGAUUCAUUACAAUAUAUAUCUCAACAGACAACUCCUGGUUCUCAAGAGUAUACAAUUGCAUUAAUCGUAAUAUAUAGAGAUACAGAGGAAAAAAUAUCAGAACUAUCUUCGACGAUGGAAAUACCAUUAAAGAGAACUAUUUAUCCGUUAACAUCUAAGGAAUACAAUUGUGUGACUCAAUCUGUUGAUUACAGUGAAUUUGUCAAAAAUUUCUAUCAAUAUUUUGAUGUGAAAAUCGAAGAAAUAUAUAAUACGCAAAACGAUGCUGAUUUAUUCCUAACAAAUAGUGAAACACAAUUUAAUAUGAUAUAUGAAAAGGUUAACACGGCAGUUCAACAAGCACCGGACGAUGCUUAUAAAACAUUUUUAUUAAGCUAUUUACAAAAAACUAUAACUGUUUAUAAACAAACAACCUGCUAUUUUAAAGAACAAAUUGUUCAAACACAACAGUUUAUUUCUGAAACUGGAGAUAACAGCAAAUCUGCGCUUUAUAAAGAAAUAACACAACGGAUGGAUUCUAUUACUGUACUUUACUCUAGUGUUCUUAUAAAGUGCUAUCAAUAUUCCAUGAACAGUAGUUCUAUUACAAUAUAUCAAUCUGAAUAUGACGUUAUCACUGUUGAGACAACUAUAGUAAGUAGUUAUACUACAACCACCUAUGGUGAAAUUGAAUUUGAAGUGUCAGGAUAAGUAUUAUAGCUAGUUGCUGAGAUUUGAAAAAUUAGGAGUUUAAACUCGCAUUAUAAAUUAUAUAAUACCAUAAAUUUAUCUUUGUAUACAUUUUACAAGAAAUAAAGUAUAUUUAAGAAUUUAUGUUCGGAUUAUUCGUAAAAAAAAUUGUAUCUCAAAUAAUAAACAUGAAUAUUUGUAACAUUUUUAACAUGUAUUUACAUAUAUUUAUUUGAUUGUACAAAGUAAAGUCAUUGUGUUAAAAUUAUUAUUAUCAGCAUUUAAAUUUUAUAAUUUGUUAAUAACCAUAAAAAGAAAGUUUUUGGCAAUGAUUAUGUUUAAUUACCUACCCAUUAUAGCAUUGAAAUGCACACAUAAAUACAAUUAUUGUUGUUGUAACA